AUGCACGGGCUGACCGUAGCCGAGCCGAUGGAGCAUCAGAACGGUCGAGGUAGGCUCCUUAUCAAUGUGUUUUAUUGUAUUUGGAUUGUGUUUCUGUGCGUUUUAUCAAACUUUUUGCGGAAAUUGAGUCAGGGAAGUUUUUGUUUCGAAACCGAAUUGGGACUAUUAAAGAAGGUACCAAAAAGAAUACGUGAUGACCCGCAGAGCUAAAAAAAAAUUUAACGUCUUUUGCAAUUUUUUUCCAAAAUAAGCGUUUAAUUUAUAAAACCCAUUUUCAGCCCGGCCUCCGAUGCUGCAACUCCCCAAGCCCACUCCUCAACGCCCAUCGCAGCUCUUCCCCAAUUUGAAUAUCCCCCAAAUCACAGCCCAAGCCGCUUCUUCAAUCGAAUCCCCGGCUCCCAGACCACGAACUCCGCCGAUUGGAGCGGUCGUUUUCAAGCCAGAGGAACGGAGCGUGGAUGGUUCCGAUGGAUUCAAAAUGCUAAAGGUAUGUCUGGGAAUUAAUCUCGAACAGAAACCAUUGAACGACCUCACCUCAUGAUCUCCGCUCACUUUUUGUAGGAAUUACGAGUGCAAAGAGUGGUUAAAGAGUCAGGAAAAUAUGUUGAAGAGGAUGAAUGGCCAAGAUAUUUGUGUGCCUUAUGACUGAUCGCAAAAUAUUUGAGAUCAGAAAUAUACUGAAAAUUCAGGCCGUUUCUUUUAUUUUUUUAUUUGGCAUGCUGCCAUUUUGCUGACAUGGCACAAAUUUAGUUUAUAUGAUACUUUUUGAUAGCAAGUUCGAGUGUCCCGGAUCUCAUUUUCAAACUUUCUGCCAUAAAAUCAUUUUCGGAACAGUGUCUGCAAGUUCCAGAUGCUAUUCUGCCGCUAUAUUCAUUCAAAACGCAACCUUAUUCCUCACAGAUCUAUUUAGAGUUGAUGUCCCAUUAAUCAGUGACGUCAUCGAGAACAUCCCUCUCUUUCUCCCCCGAUUCUCCGCCAUUCUCCCGCUAUUUUGUGUCGCGUUAAAAGAGCAAUAGAUAAAUAAAAAAGCGGUGAUAGCACAGGUGUUUUGAUUUAACGGGCCCUCUCAGGCGGGAGGGUGGGAGUGAUGUGAGGGAGUCGAAGGGGAAGGUCAGAGUGGAACAGGUGUCGCGAUAAGCAUAACUGUUAUCCCCCCGUCCGGAUCCCAGGAAAUCCGCCUCGAGGUCUUGGGAGUGGGGUUUUCCGCAAAAAAUGCGGCGAAAUUUCGCGGGCGAUUUGAUUGACUAGACAAAACUUUUACAAUAUCAUUAUUUAAUGUAAUGGGUGUUUGACUCUUUGACCUCCGAAUUUCCUCUUUUUAAAUCAGAAUUGUGAUUUUUUUCGGCUGAACCCCGAGUGAUAGGUCUCUUAAAAACUGGUAAAUACUUUCGACAUUGUUUUCGCUUCUUUUAAAAUUGACCCGACUAAAAAUAGGGUUUAUUUAUCACUGGCGGUUCAAGAGUCUAAUGGUUUAUUUGCAGACUCCCCCAUUGAUUUGUGAACAAGGCCCUAGCGCCCCUUCAUCACCGACAAGCCCUGGCUGCAGAUCACCGAAGCGCCCGUCACCAUUGAGCGUCGAUGCCCUCCAACGCUUCAACCUCGUGAGUACUUCGAUUAUUUCAAAAUGAGAGUCUUUUUGGACAAUUUCCAACUCGCCAAUUGUCCGAAAAAUCAUUUUAAAAUACGAAAGGCUCAAGAUCCCUUACAUACAAUCGAAUAUUUUACAAAUUUUGCAUUUCAGCUAAGCCCCAAUUACGUUCCAAGCAUGGAUUCGAACAAAUUGUCGCCAUUGUCUCCGUCCUAUCCCACGUCUGAUCUGGGCAGCUCUCCACGUUCAUCCAUUUCGAUUUCCCAUUCGGGUCUUGGCCCCAAUUGGACCGCUUUCCGCGAGUACAAGAAGUGCAGCAGUGAAUUCGACAACGAAUCGGUUCGUGACGGAUUUUUGACGCCGGGAACAGCGUUGUCGCCGGCGCCAUUUUCACCGUUCUCCGACUGUCUGGACCCGCCGGAAACCCCAUAUUCCAGCAGAUCACCGGCAUUGUCGCCGGUCCCUAUGCGCCAUUCACAUUUCAGGUGAGAUUUCUGACAUUUUGAAGGCUUGAAAUAGCCAUAUUUUAGAAAUAAUUAUGACAUUAAAAACUCUAUUUUCAGUUUCGACCAGAUUCGCAGUCGCAGUUCCAUGUCGAAUCGUGGCCCUGAAACCCAGGAACAAGCCCGUCUUUUACUCCCUCAAGCUUCGUUGGACCUGGAAUCCCGCGAACGCUCCCGUUCGGAGGGUGAGAUGCUGAAGAAAGAGGAGGAUGAGCUCAUGGACCUCACCACCAUCAACCAUUCCACGGUCUCCGUACCCGUUUCGAAUAGCGGUGGUCAAUACAAGAAGCGAUUACUCCACAAAUAUCGACAAGAACAAAAAAUGAAAGCCUCUUUCAAUAGCACAAUGAGUAGCACUUGCGACGAGGGAAGUACGGUUGCAGCACAAAGCAGUAUAGACCACGAAGAGACGGAUCAAAGUGCAAGUCAACAGGUUUCAAGACAGCCCACGAUAGAGGAACCACCGCCAUCGCCCACUUUCAAUGAACUCUUCCAUUCGAGAGACGUAAGUGACCACAUUAUGACAAGUUCAACAAGGUGCCUCAAACGUGCUUCGGUUUUCUUCAAAUUUUCAAUCACACCCCACAUAAUACGGUUGAUUUGGGUAUUACAUCUUGUGGGUAAGCAGAGUUCGAAGAAACCCGAAGAACACACUUGGUGUACGUCCUAAAAAGGAUUACUCCAAAUUAACCAAAACUAACUUCAAAAUUUUCAGUUAACAACCGAACGACAACGUCAAGUUGAGGAAUGGAUAAAACAACAAGCCGUAGCGUUAGAGGUUCUCAAGAACACCAUGGUCCCAAUGAGACAAGAGACCAAUCUUUUGCAAGUCCCCAACUUGGGCGGUCAACCCCCGGAACAGCACCUUCCUCGAUCUCUGGUCAAGAUGUUCACCACGACAGACAUGAGUUCGAAUGCCCCGGGGCCAUUAAAAACGGCUACUCUUUGGAGAAGGUCAAGGUCCGAGAGUGAUGUUACACAACCGCAGAACGAUACAUCGUUUAUCUGCGAGCAUUGCGGACAGGUACGCAGAAAAAGUCAUGUAUAAAAAAAUUUGUAUCAACACAAUAAGCAAAUUUAUGUUACCUAUGAGCUUUUGACCCCUAAAAUAAAUACAAACUAAUUCCGAUUAUUUCCAGGGAUUCUCAAUGCACGAUCGUUUGGCCAAACAUAUUGCCUCAAGACAUCGUGAUCGAUCGGCCUCGAUGAAUGAUGAGACCUCAAAGACACACAAAUGUACUGUUUGCAACAAAUCCUUUGGCAGAUCGGAUAUGCUGACAAGGCAUAUGAGACUUCACACCGGCCUAAAACCGUAUUCCUGCCAAAUUUGUGGCCAAGUCUUUUCGAGGAGCGAUCAUUUGAGUACGCAUCAGAGAACACAUACCGGAGAGAAGCCUUAUCGAUGCCCCCAUUGCAAUUACGCAGCGGUAAGUGCAAUUUUGACGGCUAAAGUUGAAGAAUACUCUCGUAUACUAGACUUUGAAGACGCUUAGGACGACUAACAAGCGAUUGACAACUAAAAAUCCCGUUUUUUUAGAGUCGCCGCGACAUGAUUACCCGUCAUAUGAGGACCCAUCCCGGCUCCACCUCUCCAUUCACCGAGAUCCAAGUCCCCCUCGGGCAAUUAUCCCUGAACCAACCUUCGACUCCCGAGCCUCCCCGAUCCACAACUCCCCCACCUCUACACCAUCAACAUUCUCUUCAAUCCGUUUUGAGUACAGCAUCCAAUCAACUAAAUCCCCCGUCAAAUCCGGAUACCGCGAUGGAGCAAGCCGCGAGAUUGUUCCAGGCAGCUGCUACAGGAAAUAUCAGCCCUCAAGUCAUGCUCAGCACGCUGGGACAUUCGUUAGACAGUAAGUUUUAAGGGAUUUUUUUGCGGAGUUUAUAUUAUCCAUGAGAUAAACAAUCAGAAAAUUACAUUUUCAUUGCGCCUAUGACAUAUUUCCGGCAGGAAUACAAUCUUUUGACCUUUACAGACACUAAACUUAUUGAAUUUUAGUAGAAAAUUGAUUAAAUUUAUAUUAUCCUUUAAAAUUUUUAGGAAUUUGAUGGAAAAACUUAAUGUUAUUGCCUUUUCCACAAUUUAUUCCUGCAAUAUUCGCAGUAUGCCCUUUUCGUGCUCUAUAAAGACUAAAAAUCGAAGAAUAACGAAUUUAUCCAUGACCUUGUUACCUAAAAUAAUAUUUUCUCAAUUUUCAGCUCAAAUCCCAACUCUGAACCUCCGCAGAUCGACCCCAAAUCUCUUCCAGUCCCUGGAACAAACCCCCAACAAUGCGCAGGCAAUAAACGCGGCGAUAUCCCGACUCCUUUCACCUCACGGAACUCCCCUUCUCUCGAGACAAGCUUCUAUUGGCGGAUUCGGCUUCAACAACGACAUGAAUCCACCGGGAUAA